UGCGGUCUCCUGGCUCAGCUUGGUAGUCCCGGACCCAGAGAGGAGCUGGGGCUGCGGUCCGCACAGCGGUGACGGCGGGCGGCGCCGCAGGAGGCGAUGGGGACGCGCGCUCUGUCCCGCUGCCCACCCGGUGUCCCCGCUCCGUAGGGAACGGCGGUGGAGAAGAUAGACUCACCACAGACCACCACCCUCUCAGGGGUCGGGGGAAGCUACUGGAGGUGGUCCCCCCGCGCCGCCGUCGUGUCUCGAGGACUCCCAGGGUGUGGAAGAGGAGCGGAUCCAGAGUGGAGCUCGGAGCAUGGGGACCGCAGCUGCGGGCGGCGGCUGCGGAGCGCGCCGAUGGCUCCCGUGGCUGGGACUCUGUUUCUGGGCGGCGGGGGCUGCGGCUGCCCGAGGAGCUGACAAUGGUGAAGUUCUUCCCGACUCUAUCCCUUCUGCCCCUGGAACACUGCCUCAUUUCAUAGAGGAGCCUGAAGAUGCCUACAUCAUCAAGAGCAAUCCGAUUGCACUCAGAUGCAAAGCCAGGCCAGCCAUGCAGAUUUUCUUCAAGUGCAAUGGCGAGUGGGUCCAUCAGAAUGAGCACGUCUCGGAGGAAAGUCUGGACGAGAGCUCAGGCUUGAAGGUCCGGGAAGUGUUCAUCAAUGUCACCAGGCAGCAGGUGGAGGACUUCCAUGGGCCAGAGGACUAUUGGUGCCAGUGUGUGGCAUGGAGCCACCUGGGAACUUCCAAGAGUAGGAAAGCUUCUGUACGCAUAGCCUAUUUACGGAAAAACUUUGAGCAAGAUCCACAAGGCAGGGAGGUUCCUAUUGAAGGCAUGAUCGUGUUGCAUUGCCGCCCGCCAGAGGGAGUCCCUGCAGCAGAGGUGGAAUGGCUGAAAAACGAGGAGCCCAUUGACUCUGCACAGGAUGAGAACAUUGACACCAGGGCUGACCAUAACCUCAUCAUCAGGCAGGCCCGGCUCUCAGACUCAGGGAAUUACACCUGUAUGGCAGCCAACAUCGUGGCCAAGAGGAGGAGCCUGUCAGCAACUGUGGUGGUCUACGUGAAUGGAGGCUGGUCUUCCUGGACAGAGUGGUCAGCCUGCAAUGUUCGCUGUGGUAGAGGAUGGCAGAAACGUUCCCGGACCUGCACCAACCCUGCUCCUCUCAAUGGUGGGGCCUUUUGUGAGGGAAUGUCAGUGCAGAAAAUAACGUGCACUGCUCUCUGUCCUGUGGACGGCAGCUGGGAAGUAUGGAGUGAAUGGUCAGUCUGCAGCCCAGAGUGUGAACAUCUUCGUAUCCGUGAGUGCACAGCUCCACCCCCAAGAAAUGGGGGCAAGUUCUGUGAAGGUCUCAGCCAGGAAUCUGAAAACUGCACAGAUGGUCUCUGCAUUCUAGAUAAAAAACCUCUUCAUGAAAUAAAACCCCAAAGAUGGAGUAGGAGAGGCAUUGAGAAUGCCAGCGAUAUUGCUCUGUACUCCGGCUUGGGGGCAGCCAUCGUGGCCGUUGCAGUCCUGGUCAUUGGUGUCACCCUCUACAGACGGAGUCACAGUGACUACGGCGUGGAUGUCAUUGACUCUUCUGCAUUGACAGGUGGCUUCCAGACCUUCAACUUCAAAACAGUUCGUCAAGGAAACUCUCUACUCCUGAAUCCUGCCAUGCAGCCAGACCUGACAGUGAGCCGGACAUACAGUGGGCCCAUAUGUCUGCAGGAUCCGCUGGACAAGGAGCUCAUGACGGAAUCCUCACUCUUCAACCCUCUGUCUGACAUCAAAGUCAAAGUCCAAAGCUCCUUCAUGGUUUCCCUGGGAGUGUCCGAGCGAGCCGAGUACCAUGGCAAGAAUCACUCUGGGACUUUUCCUCAUGGAAACAACCGUGGCUUUAGUACAAUACAUCCCAGAAACAAAACGCCGUACAUCCAAAAUCUGUCAUCACUGCCCACAAGGACAGAGCUGAGAACAACCGGUGUCUUUGGCCAUUUAGGGGGGCGCUUAGUAAUGCCAAAUACAGGGGUGAGUCUACUCAUACCACAUGGCGCCAUCCCAGAGGAGAAUUCUUGGGAGAUUUAUAUGUCAAUCAACCAAGGUGAACCAAGCCUGCAGUCAGAUGGAUCUGAGGUGCUCCUGAGUCCUGAAGUCACCUGUGGUCCUCCUGAUAUGCUCGUCACAACUCCCUUCGCACUGACCAUCCCUCACUGUGCAGAUGUCAGCUCAGAGCACUGGAACAUCCACCUGAAGAAGAGGACACAGCAGGGAAAGUGGGAGGAAGUGAUGUCAGUGGAAGAUGAAUCCACAUCCUGUUACUGCCUUUUGGAUCCUUUUGCCUGCCAUGUUCUACUUGAUAGCUUUGGAACGUAUGCCCUCACAGGAGAGCCAAUCACAGACUGUGCCGUCAAGCAGCUCAAGGUGGCCGUGUUUGGCUGCAUGUCCUGUAACUCCUUGGAUUACAAUUUGAGAGUUUACUGUGUGGACAAUACCCCUUGUGCAUUUCAGGAAGUGGUUUCUGAUGAACGGCACCAAGGCGGCCAGCUCCUGGAAGAACCAAAACUGCUACAUUUCAAAGGGAAUACCUUCAGUCUUCAGAUAUCUGUCCUUGACAUCCCUCCAUUCCUCUGGAGGAUCAAACCUUUCACUGCAUGCCAGGAAGUCCCCUUCUCCCGAGUGUGGAGCAGCAACCGGCAGCCCUUGCACUGUGCCUUCUCCCUGGAGCGCUACACGCCCACCACCACCCAGCUGUCUUGCAAAAUCUGCAUCCGGCAGCUCAAAGGCCAUGAACAGAUCCUCCAAGUGCAGACAUCCAUCCUAGAGAGUGAACGAGAAACCAUCACUUUCUUCGCACAAGAGGACAGUACUUUCCCUGCACAGACUGGCCCCAAAGCCUUCAAAAUUCCCUAUUCCAUCAGACAGAGGAUCUGUGCUACGUUUGAUACCCCCAAUGCCAAAGGCAAGGACUGGCAGAUGUUAGCACAGAAAAACAGCAUCAAUAGGAAUCUGUCGUAUUUUGCUACACAAAGUAGCCCCUCGGCUGUCAUUUUGAACCUCUGGGAAGCUCGUCAUCAACAGGAUGGGGAUCUCGACUCACUGGCCUGCGCCCUUGAAGAGAUUGGGAGGACACACACGAAACUGUCAAACAUCACAGAGUCCCAGCUUGAGGAAGCUGACUUCAACUACAGCAGGCAAAAUGGACUCUAGUCUGUGUCCCUCCCCUCUUGAGGCAGCACUAGUGAUGGCCAGCUUCAGGGCAAGUGGCUUCAACUGGGGAAGAAGAGGCAGACUUCUGCCCAGUGGCAUUUGGGGGAAUUCAGCCUUUAUUGAGAGUCACUGAAAAUCCCUGGUUGAAGAAAAUGAGUUUGAUGUAGGUAAGACAAGUUCAUAGCAGGGGACAAAAAAUAAAAUAUAAAAGAAGGGGACCCUGCUAUCUCCUCUGAGGCUCCACACGGGUAAACAUUGGAUAAACUCCUCAGAUUUGGACUGCUGAGGAGAGAGGUGAAGGUAACUGUAGAUAAGAGUAGUUCUGAAAAAUAGAUACACUACAAUAAAGCUGGGAUGGCAGAGAUUAAUUGCAUGUUGGGAAACAGGUUUAGAAUGACUUGCCCCAGAUGGCCAGCUGAUUCUGAUACUAGAUUUUUCAGUUUCCGACCAACUGGCAUCUGGGAUUUUGGAGAUCAUGGCAAGCCUAACUUUCAGAAGUGAAACCCAGAUUGCCAACCUAUUAGUAUGAUGUCACCACUGGUGGGGAGGGCAUUUAGAAUUGAUAAUCUGAGGACAUCACACCAGCACUUAUUAUAUGAGUCACUUAAUUGAGACAAGAUGGAAAAGCAAGGUAGACCUCAAACUGGUUCUUGGUACCUCACCUUCAUUUCUCACCCGCAAGAAACAACUCAUUUCUCUCCCUGUCCUGACAGAUUGCAGGAUGGAGAUAGUAAAAACGUGGUUAUGUGUUUCAAUAUGGAAACAUAUUUCUCCCGACUUAACAGAGCAGGACAACCUCUGUUCCUAGCCAAACUACUCAAAUCUCAGAGUGCUGUUAGAACACAGUUCACUCCGUAGAGUGGAGACAGGAGAGGCUAGCUCAGGUCCAAGAAAAUAUAGAGACUGCAGAUGUCCCAGGCUUCGAGUAAGCUCUGAUUCUAGGAGAUGGGUAUUAAGCCAACUUCUCCAAUAUUUUUUCCUAUAAGAAAUGUGUUUUACUGUGCUUUUCCAUUCAGAUUCUGGAACUCUUCUAUCUUUUUAUACUAUGCUGUCACAGUAUGUCUCAAUGGAGCUUUAGGACAUGACAUCCUGCUGCCAAUUUUGGAAACCUACCUGAUAGUUUUUCUGAGUAGGACCUAAGUAACUGCAUCCAAGGAAUAGAAUACCCCACUACACCAUCCUAGAAACCACACGAAUCAUUCAGAGAGACUUUGUGCUCUGACUGCCUGGUCUCACCAUGUAUACUUUCUCCUUAGUACUGUUAACUCAUAGCUCCCAUUUUAUGAUUUUUAUUAAUAUAAGGCAGUGGCAUUGUAGAGAAUUGAAAUCUGUAGAUUAUUUGUGAGCUUCAUCUUAUGCUUUAUUACACUUUUAUAUCCAAUUAUAUCAUUUUUAUCAUUAUAUAUUUGACCAAUACCCUGGGAGACUCAAGAUGAACAGAUAUAUUCAUCUUCUGGUGGAUGCUUUCAGUAACUAUCCACAAUGAAGACAGCCCAAGUCAGAUACCUACACUAAAUUCCAGGCAGCUACUUAGCUACUUUGAGGCUGACUACAUUUGAAAAACAAUGGUCAGAAAUAGGAGAAGUAAGAACCUUUGGUAAUAAAGAUAUGAUUAUGCUUUUAUUUUUAUGGGCCCUUUGUUUGAAAACAAAUGUUUGCAAUCUCUUCCCAAGUGGAAAAGACCUAAAGACAGGUUGAAGUUUUGGUCCCAUGGAUAAGGCAUUGAAGAAUUCUUGAAUGUGUUAGCCAUUUUAUCUAACUAAUAUGUGAUAUAUCUGGUCACCUAUAUUACGUGGAAGACUUCACCAUGUGCAAAUCAAAAAAACGCAUAUUGCUUUGCUCAGGAACCAAAGGCUUAUUCUAUUGAACAAACAGAUCACCUUAGAGCUGUCAAGCAUACUCAGAAUCCCAUAUCUGGGUCAGGAGAACACCUUUUUCCUAGUAUUCUCAACUUAUUUAUUCAUCCUUAUGAAGAAGAAAGAGAAAGAGCAUAAAACUAAAACCAUUUGGCAUCACUGAUAAGUUUUUUUGGAAAAAAAAAGAGAUAGGAAUAGGUGAUGAGUCACAAACUGGAUAGGUGAUGAGUGGCAGAAUGAGAUGCAGAUUCCAUCUGCAUCCCUUGUUAGGUAAUAAACCAUUUACAACACAUUCUAGAGAGAUCUCAUAUUAAUGUCCAUUUGGAAGAUUUUUGUUUUAAAUUCCCCACCCUAGCCAUGUCUCUUCUUCCCCCUCCCCAAUUGGCCUUAUAAGUGUUUAUCUGUUGUGUGAGCCUGCACAUGUUCUUUGUAGAUUUUUAAAACUUUUUUAUAAUAUUAUAAGCAGAUAAAAAGCUGUAACUUUCCUUCCUGGCAUCUAUGGAGGUUAUUUUAAGGGGAGGUAACAUGAACAACAUAAACAUUGGUCAAGUGUAUGCAGCUCCCCUGCUGGCUUCAGGUUUUGUGUUUUGUUUGUUUCUCUUUUGGCCUGUGUUUAUAAGUGCACUUGAGCAAAAUAUCCCAUGCAGCGAUAAGGGGGAAGUGAACACAAGGCUCCUCACAUCCCAGCCCACGGUUCUGUGAGAUUCACCUUGACUCUUUGAGUUCCCUUCUUUACAUCUCUCUUCUUUCUGCUAGGAUGCUACACAGGAUUUUGAAAUAAAUAUGUUAAAUUCUGCAGUCUUUGCAUGUUAGGGUUGUGCAAUAUUUUACAAUGAAAUUUCAAAGAGAACCCUGGUCUGUGAGAUUUACAGACCAAGGGAUCAUAUGUGUUGGGGAAGGGUCUGCAGGUCACACAGUGUUAGCUCACACUUGAAAGUGUGAUGGGUCACUGUGACCUCAAGUUUUUCCAUUAUCUUCACCUGUCACAACACGAAUGUCCUUCUUGGAAGAAGCUUACUCAUGACUCCAGGCACUGAAUUUCGAAGUGUCACUGUCCUAGUAUAAGAUGAAGCAAAAACUAAAAGUGGCCUUAAAUAUUUGGUAGGUUACAUAAAAUUUUUACAAAAAUAGCCAACUUAAUGCCAAAUUUCUCAGUGCUCAGAGACAUUAGGCUAAUAGUCAUACUUCAAACACGAAUGGAAAUUAUGCUACCAAAAUGGUGUGAUCCACAGUUUUGCCAGACUACAGCAUCGUAAAGUUAAUUUAUAGUCUUUACAACAUCACAUAUACAGUCUUAGCAUUUUACAUUAGCAUCCUUUAAGCCAAAAGGAAGCCUGUUCUGUGGAUUUAAAUGCAAACUUCAUUUACCAGUGCGGGCAGACUCAUAAAACUCGGAUGUACUCCCACAAAAAUUUUAUUGGCCUUUUUGUAAGAGAUGAAAAGGAAUUGAUACAGCUCCUUUAAAGAGAGGAACUUUUCCCUUAUUUUUUAUUAUUUUUAUCUCAAACUGCUGUAGUCCUGGUAUUUUUUUUCUUUCAUUUAGCUGAGAGAAGAACUAUUAAGUCAAAUCACACAGGGUUCUCUUUGGAGUAAAAUAUCUGGAUUUAUUGCAGUGAUUUUUCCCUCCACAAAACCUCUAAAUAUCAAACAUGAGAAGCAAAGGUAGGAAAUUAAAAUAGCAUGAAUGGUUUUAUACACUUUCACCGAAUUUACCUGUGACUUUCAGAAUGUUAACAAAAUCUUUGGGAAAUGCUUUGGGUUUUUUGUUUGUUUGUUUGUUUUUUGUUUUUUGUUUUGUUUUCUUGGCUCUUUUUUUGGGGGGGGCGUUGUUUGGAUUUUUUUUUUCUUUCUUUCAGACGUUUUCAAUUUCUUGGUCUGUCUGCCCUCUGUAAAUGUGUUGAAUGAUUGAGCUUUCAGACACGCUAAAGGCAACAUUCUCUGAGGUCUUUAUUCUAGCAGAAAUAAGGAAGGAGCUGAGAAACGUGCCUCUCCGGCCCACUGCGUGGCCCAUUUUCAUUCUGUCUCUCAUGAUGCAUUGCAAAGCCUGAAUCCUUAGUAACUCCCGUUGCCUGGACAACAGGUGACAGCCACAGCCCCUGGGAGAGCAAAAAUGUGGGCUGACCAAUGGUGACAACGUUUUAUCAGCCCCUUGGUGUUCAUUGUCAUAGCACUGUAUUUGGACAUUGAUGCUUUGGGCCAACCGCUGAAUGGCCAUCGAUUCAUAGUUGCCACUGUUUUGUCCGCAUAGAAUUUUCCUGAACUACAAGCAAAAAAAACGUAUUUUGUCAAAAUGUCACAAAAGUGAAACUGUUAACUAAUCUUAGCUGUGUUGCAUAUCUUGUGUUUUCCUUUUCCAAACUCUUUCAAAAGCUGAGGUGACAAAGCUGUUUGGCUGUGUUGACAGCAUGUGGUGUCUUUCGCAGAAGCAACUUCUAGGAGAGCCAGUGUCUACCGUGGACUCCUCACAUCCCCACGACAGGGUCACCAACAAAGCUGAAAUGGCCAUUUGUAGACUGUAAUCAUUUUCUGAAGAUCAAAGGGGAUGGAUGGUACCAGGCCUGGCUAUUAGUCACUAGUGUGUAGUACUGUGAUCUCAAGUAGGAAGUUUAUCUCGCAUAGAAUAAUUGUGGUUUUUGAAGCAGCUACUCAUUGCUUUUUCCUUUUGCUGUGAAGAUCAUGGAUUUGGAGUGUCCUCACGAAGUGGGCCUAAGACAGGAACAUUUCAACUUCAUGUCUUUGAACCUACCAUCCAUCUGAAUCCAAAGAUGAAAAAAGUCAGUAAACAUUCUAGCUAGGCCUAAACUUAAAAUUCCCCUGCCCUGACGAGUAUUAAGUUCAACAGGAGUUGUAUCAUUUUUCCCCAAAGUUAUACCUUACAUUCCAUUAUAUAUGAGUGAAUUUGGUAAUGUCUUUCUUUACCUGAAUGGGAAUACGUCUCAAAUACUUUCACAAAAGGCAUGGGUAUAAUGAAUAUAAGCCUUUUGUCUUAAAAUUGGCUAACUCUAAGAAAAUUUUCAUCUAAUUCAAGCAUGAUUCACACCUAAAUUCCAGAAUUGAGAAAGUUGUUCAAUAACCUUAAAAUCUGAGACGUUUCUGGGGGUACUGAUCUAACUGGGGUUCUGAUGAAAGCGUGAUAGUAAAGGGGACUAUGUAAGCCAAAUGUCAUGCAACGAGACCCCUCUCCUGAAACACAGGCAUUCUGCUCAAAUGUGGAAGCAGCAAUGCUAAUAUUCCUUCGUUAGCAAACGUGGGAAGGGGUAAGAGGGAGAGUCCUCAGGCUAGAGCCCUCAGGGCCUCCUGGGAGAAAAGCUAAGCAUAGAAACCCCCAUUAGAUCUCUCACAGAUGCUUCCUGCUCCCAUGGAAAACUUCCCAAUUAAGGGGGAAAUACCCAAGUGUCAGAAUUCCCCAGUCAGGAAAAGAGCCGUCUCCUUCUCUUCACUAGAUGAAGAGCAGAAUUUCCAUUCUUCAUAAUUAGGUCUGCUUGAUACACACACUCCAGCAAAUCUUGACCUAGAAGUAUUGUAAACACAGGCAGGUAGAGGGAUGCUGGCUCGUUUUCCUAGCCCAAACUUGGAAACGUGAGUGAUAUUUUUCUCCCCUUCUACAUGGAAGAAUUUAAAACUUAUUUCAUUUUGUUCUUUUUAUUUUGGGAAGGUACAUGGGGGUGUUCUAUCAAAUGAUUCAUUUUUUUCAAACCCAUACCACUCUCUGCAUUUAUUUGGUGUGUUCAAAGCCAAAAAAGUAUGAAAUAAUAUUUAAAGCAGAGCUGAACACUAACUUGGACAUGAAGCUGAAGGAGUGAGCAAGCCAGAGGAGAGGGUCUAAGCAAAGCAUGGCCUUGGCUUCAUACCACACUUUUUGUGCCUUGUAUUAUCAGUGUAAAUUCUGAAUGUUGUACAGUAAAUACUUGGAUGGACUCCUUAGAGAAGGAUGCACCGGCUUCUUUUUCAGCACAUGUACAUAUCUAUAAAUAUAUAUACAUAUAUAUUUGGUAAUGCCAAACAGCUAUGUUAUAUUGUACUGAACAAAAUGGCCCGUUUGGAUGUUUUAUGUAGUUUGCAAAAAAAAAAAAAAAAUGGAUGGUUAUCGACUUUUCGAGAUAAAUGUACAGGCAUAAAUUACUGCUUAUCAGUUAUUUAUGAAUAAAGAGUCUUUUAUUGACAUUUUAGGAUAUGCUCCAUGAGUGGGACUUUGAAAUCUCAAUGAGGACUCUAUCAUAUCCUAGUAGGUGUUGGGAUGUUCUCCUUAAGGACAUUUUUCAAAUCCUCUAAACUUAAUGAAAUCCACUUUUCACUCUGGCAUCUGAAAAUACUAUGGGCAUUUGAACCAAAUCCAUUAUCUUCUAAGAAUCAAAGGCCACCUAAAUACACACUUGCACACAUGUGGUUGUGCAUACACACACCCCUUUCUUAGGGAUGCAGCUUUAGAUAUUUCAAGGUAAUCAUAGCCUUACCAUAAGAGAAAUGCUUUUUUUCACAUCUUUCAAAUGUGUUACUUUUAUACACUGUAGAACAUGCUCUACAAGCUGAAGAGAUGGCUCCAAGAUUAAGAGUACUUGCUCUUGUUCCAGAGGACCUGAAUUCUGUUCCCAUCAUCCACUACAGGUGACUCCCAACCAUCUGUAACUCCAGUUCUAGGGAACCCAACUUCCUGUCCUGGCUUGCAAGGGUACCCUCAUUCAUGUGCACAUAUACCUGUGCGUAAAUAUCCAUUUAAAAAAAUCUUUAAAAUAUGUAUAGAGCAUUCUCUGCCUUGCCAUGGUAAAAUAGCUAGACAAAAACGUAGAAUAUUUAAGGAAAGAUAGUAGGAAAAAAUGUAGAAUGUCAGACAUUCCAACCACAUUGACUGACACAUUCUCUUUUCAAUAAUGUUGAGAAUAUGGAAAAUUACCAAGACAUUUAAUGAUAAAAGAUCAGAAAGUUGAUCUGAGUUGAAACAAUACGGUCUACUCAAAAAUAUUUUCUAACGUAAAGUAAUCGGUGACUGUCUAAAAGAAGAUUUAAAAAAAUGAUUUAAAUCAGUAGUUUCUCCAAACUUGUUAACACACACACACACACACACACACACACACACACACACACACACACACUAGGAAAACACAACUAGAGCAAACACACUGUUUUCAUAGAAAUCUGAUGGGUUUUGCUGUCCUACUAUUUACAUUUUGGAAGUUGUGACAUACAGAGAACCAUCUUCUCUACUUUCUAGCAACCUGAUGCAUGGGCUGUCUUAAUGUGUAUGAAGAAUCUUGGAAACAGAAACAUAUGCCUAACCUUUUGGGACCAUAUAGUUCUUCCUGCAUCAUCUGAUGGAACUAUUGGGUGGAAUAAGGAUGAAUGUCUACACUGUGUCUAUAAAUGGCUUCAAAGGUUCUUGCUGAUCACUGUGAGACUUGGCCAGAGCUUUAAUGCUGGUUUUAAAUGUUUAAGCUUCAGAAAGAAGGGGAUGUGAUUUCAACUAAAUCAAAAGUGGUUGAAUCAAUGAUACAAAGGCAAAACUAAGCCAAAUUUUCAGUAUUUUCUGGACAGUUAAAACAAGGAAAUCUAACUUGAUUUGGCCAAAACAAAUUUUAACUAGAAGAAUGGUAUGAGCAACAUAGUGACCCAGAUAAGAUGACUCCAGAUCAGGCUAAACCUAUAAUAAAAUAUUCAAAAUAAUGAAUUAAAAUCUUUGCAUAAAGUUUGUUCAGUUAGCAGCCAGGUAUGUUGGCACAUACUUCUAAUCCCAGCACUUGGACAACUGAAGCCUGAUUGCCCACAAUUUCAGAACCAACUUGGACUUUGUGUCGAAAGAAAGAAAGAAAGAAAGAAAGAAAGAAAGGAAGGAAGGAAGGAAGGAAGGAAGGAAGGAAGGAAGGAAGGAAGGAAGGAAGGAAGAGAAAAAGGGAAAAGAAAAGUGUGUGUGCAUUUAUGUAUGUGAAGCAGUUCUAAUUCUGAAUGAAUUCAGUUAAUGUGGGCUUUGCCUAUAGAGCCAAUAUGUGUGAAGACUUAAUCAUAAUAGAAGCUUACCCAUUUACUCAAAUGAAUACACUAUUUACAACCUGUAGCAUUGAAAAUAAACAUGAUACCUAACAUUUCUGUUUCACAUAAAGGAACAGUAAUUGUAGAAUUUUUCAUCCUUCACAACUUGAUAAAUGAAAGGAAAGAGAGAGGUAAAGCUCCUAGCCCUACAUGUGACUUACAAAGGAAGAGUGAGCAUUCAUCUCCAUCUUACCUUAAACAUACCUUGAAGAGUAGUUAGCUGAGAGAGUCUGAAGCCAGAUAUGUGCAAAGAGCCAUUGACUCUGCCAUUCUUGGCCUAUGUGACCUUGGCCCUUGACUCUGCCAUUCGACAAGAAAUUCUUCACUUUAAAAAGAGGUAGUUGUAUUAAGUUCAUUGAGAUGAAGUAACUGACCAAGACUGGCAAUGAGAUCUGUGUUGGUGGUUUGGUUGGUAAAAUGCUUGCCUCGCAAGCAUGAGAAGCUGAGUUCAAUUUCCAGGUACCACCAAAAAAGGUGUUAUAAUACAUUUAUUAUCCCAUCUGAUGGCUGAGAAACCACACCCAAGGUCCUCUGGCUUCCACACACACAUAUGUGUGUGUACACACCCACUUACACACAUGUGCAAAUAUGCAGACAUAUGAGAAACUAGGCAGCUGUCCUUGUCUAGUUCUGACUUCAGAAAAUGUGCGUUGUGUGGCCAUAGAAUGUCUUUAGAGGAGAAUUUAGAGAGGCUACUGGUGAGACAAGUACAUAUUUAAAGCACAUCCAUCAUCAGAACAAAUUUAAACAUUUAAAAUAUAGCAUUCUUGCAUACACUCAGUACUCUGAGCUAAUUGCUUCCUGGUUUUCAGAUAACUGAAGACCCCAAAAUUGAAUUUGUGCAUAAUCUAACAAUGAGCUGGUUGAGCACCAUCACCUUCCAGACUUCUCCACUAUAAAUAGGGCAUACAUAAAUGAUGCCCUUGAAGGUUAUUGAGUGAUAUUGACUCAACCUCCAUUGACUCACUGACUCUCAAGUCAAGAGAUUACACAGGAUCAAACAGCUAGUGCCACAAAAUUGGUGAGUACAAAAUAUUGAGGGAGAAAACCAGUGCAGGUUGCAUGGAGAAAAGUUACAGAAGUUACCCACAUCAGUUACCACUGAACUAAGAUGUAGAUAGGAUUUAUUAAUAUCAUUUUCAUCUGUAACAUUAUAUAACAAACCCAAUUAUUUGCAGCUGGAAAUAACCAUUUAUUAUUUUUAUGCAUUUUUAGAUCUUCAAGGUCUGAUCCAAGUGUGCCAAGUCUUUUGAAACUCAUGCACUUCUGCAAUGGCCUCUCAAAAUCAGCAUAUACACAUGGUAGGAAA